AGACGAAGAGAGGCUGUCGACGACCAACGACGACGACAACACCACCGACGCACAUCACAGCCCCUCAUGUUUCGUCCGAGAUUAAGGGCACCGCGCCUGGCCUUUGGCCUCGGCCUGCGCUCCACUGCCAAUGCCCGCCGUUCCAUCCACCACGUCCCCGAGCUGCAACACGACUUCUCUCAGGGCGUCCCCAACCUGAUGAGCCCCGGCGGCUUCGCCAUUGCCUGGACUGAGUAUAUGAAGCUGGCGAUCGAGAAGCUCAAUGCUCUUACUGUCGGCACCGAGCUCGAGGACAAGGACACCAAGACCAUUGCCCUCCUGACGGCCCGCGAGCCUAACCAGGCCCCCAUCUUCAACUACGCCUCCAUGGCGCACAACAACCACUUCUUCUUCCAGGGCAUCUCCCCCGAGGGCACCCCUAUGCCCGACGUCCUCCGCCGCGAGCUCGAGGCCUCCUUCUCCUCCAUCGAGACCCUCCGCCGCGAGUUCAUCAUCACCGCCUCGGCCAUGUUCGGUCCCGGUUUCCUCUGGCUUGUCAAGGCCGGCCCGGGAGACUACCGCCUCCUGCCCACCUACCUUGCCGGUUCACCCUACCCCGGCGCCCACUGGCGCGCCCAGUCCACCGACAUGAACACGGUCGGCAAGGACGGCACCGCCCAGCGCUUCUUCCGGAACCAGGUCCACGGCGCCCGCAAGCGUGACGGUGACCUUCCCCCCGGUGGUAUCGAGCUCGAGCCCCUCCUGUGCCUCAACACCUGGGAGCACGCCUGGCUGCUCGACUGGGGUGUCGGAGCUGGUGGCCAGGGCGGCAAGGUCGCCUUUGCCGAGUCGUGGUGGAACCUGAUUGACUGGGAAAAGGUGGCUCAGAAGUCGGGCGUCUUGCGGCCCGAGUUCAUGUCGGCGGCAUGA